AUGGUGAUCACUGGAUACCUCCGAGGUCGAGCGCUCAUUCGCAAGCAGCCAUCCUAUUAUUCUGCUGAGCAAGCGUUCUGGUACCUUCAGCGUAUAGGUUGGGCAGAGGGCAAUUACACCACAAAGGACAUUGCAGAUGGCUGCUUUCCUGCAAACCUGGAGAACCUAGAAGUGAUUGUUCGUCGACAUUACUUGUCGUUCACGAAUGACACGACACUGAUGCAUUAUUCUGCUGAACAUUACUUGGACAUCACGCCCGAAGCAACGUUCAAACGGUUGGUAACAGAUAAAAAAGGUGGGACAUACUGUUAUGGGCAUCACAACCUCAUGCUUGGAGUCAUCCGUGCUCUUGGAUAUCGAUCUUACUCAGGAAUUGCACGCAUGAAUUUCGGCUUCUUCACGGGUGGUGGCGCAGAUUAUCAAGCAUACGGGCACAUGAUACUUUUCGUACAGCUUGGGGAGGGACAAGGUACAGAUCCAGCACAUACAUGGGUUAUCGACUGUGCUCCUGGCCCGCCCGUUCCAAUGCUUCCUAUCCCUUUAAGCGAUGAUUCGGAGAACGUCAUCCAAGCCACCGUACCAGGAGAAUAUAAUCGUCUGACACGUGGCUUUAGCUCUGCAUCAGGUCUCAUUCCACCUGGUCCGGGUGCACCAUACUCCCCAGAACAAGUCGCACAAAUCAAUGACAUUCAUGCUCUCUGGCAGGUCGAGUACCGUGGUUCUGGCAAAGCGACAGAUUACACGAUCGUCUAUCAAUUCUCAGAGCAGGAAUUCACGACACUGGAUUAUAACGUUCAUCAUUACGCAAAGAUGCACAAGCCAUUCGAGGACGUAUUCUCCUAUGAUGUCGUCUGUGCAAAAUUUACGCUUGGCGAUGACGAUUCCGGACGCCGUAUUACCGAAAGGCAACUCGAGCGAUGGACAUUGUUCCGUGGUGUAUUCAAAAGACGUCUAGGGAACGAGUUACUGGAGAAGAUUGAAUGUAGUUCAGAGGAGGACCGUGUUAACGUAUUGAGACGGUAUUUCGGCAUUACGAUUGAGGAUAAGGAUAUUGUCCAUAUAAAAGGUACUGCAGCCUCGUGGGAGAAAAUGAAGGCCCUUCCAGGCGGUGAUUUGCUGUGAUAACUUUUAAGUAACUUUACGCCGAGUCUACUGUUUACCUAGAUAAGCCCUCUUAGACAUAAAUGAU